AUGGUGUUUGGUUCACUGCCAUCCGACCAGGCCCCAGAAAUCUGCGCGUUAGGAAAGGCAAAAACAUCGGAUCGGCUGAGAGCCUUCUAUUUAAACCACUUAUCUGCACAGGAGAUUCACGAAUAUUCGCCCGACACGUUGAGGGAGCUCAAGAUGCUGCCCAAACUGCCAUUUGAGACGCUCACUCAGAUUUUCAGUCACUUCACUCUCACCCUGCCUAACAAGAGCGAUGUCUUCCCGGACUACCGCCCCGUACGCAAGAAUGAGAACGAGGACAGCGAACUGGCUCGCCACCUUCAAGAUCGCCGGACUUUGCGGGCUCUUUGCAUCGUCUGCUCCCGUUGCCGGGCUGUGGCCUCCCCGAUGCUUUACCACACCGUCAUCCUCCACGACGCCGCAGCAUUACCCUUCUUUAUGCGAACGCUGUUAGAGGACUCUCAGGCAGGCAACAUUGUUCAAAAUUUGGCGCUCUUAAUUGCUUUCAACAACGAGUAUCAAGAACGGGACCUUUUCAACUGCGUCAAACUAGGCCUUUGGGCGGACUUGGGACAGUGGCUGUUCGGCGAAGCUGCGCGUAAACCCCGACCGCGUGAGUUCGACUGGAACAUCCGAGUCACCAGCGAAAUCUGGCAUAAUGACAGGCUUCAGGUUCAAAUCAGAGAGAGAAAGUCACGUACCACAGAGCUCGUUAAUGACCUAAAACGGGACUUGUGCGAAUGGUCUGGGAAGAGAACGGCUGAUGCACGCCCUCCUAUGCAUGAACUCAUACAAGGGUUUCUCUACUGCAUCCUCCGAGAGACGCCUCAAGUUCAACGAUUGCUAUUGCAGUUUCCGCCUGACUGGGGCUCUGGGCAGAAUUGUUUUGCGAAAUUCCGGGAACUGCAUGAUGAAAAUGCAUCAUCCUCGCCAGAUUUCUGUUCGUUUCUGGUCAGUCUCGUUUUGGCUUCAAACUCAAAAGCCCCAGGAUACCUCUACGAUGGCUGUCGACUCAGCGGCCAGUUCCCGUUUCAAUAUUUCAGCUCUCUCGAGACACUGAUGGCGGUCGGUCCAGAUAGGACUUUUGACCCUUUGCGCGAAAAUAUCGAGAGUAUCCGCCAACUGCACUUAUUAGACACAGAGUUGCAACCCCAAACACUCGGCUCUAUGCUCCUCAGGAUACCUCAAAAUCUUACCUCUUUUGUGCUCAAGCAGCGCCCGUCGGACCCGGAUAAUCAGCCCAAGCUUCUGGAUCUUCCAACCGAGAAACUACCAACGCUUUCCGAGGUAUUGCUUUUGAAGGGCAGCGAACUUCGGGAACUCAGUCUUAUACUUUGCUACACCCACUGUUUCCGAAACUUUAUUGGCUUAGGCAAGCGUCUCACCAGCCUCCCAACCUUGGACCGGUUGGAAAAGCUGACGAUCCAGAUGCAUCUCCUUUUUGGGGACACUCGUGGAUUUUCAGCCAAUCUUCUGGUUCCACGCCUUCCGCCCAAUCUCGUGGAGUUGAAUAUCAUCGACGAAUGGGAAAUGGAUGUUGCUGAGCGUGAGCUGUGGCUGACCCGAUACGUGUAUCAUGAGGAUGAUCCCGAACACGACCCCAUCGAAGCCUGCAUCGAGGAGCAGGCGUAUUUUGAUGGCGAAAAUGGCGAAAGGCAUUUUUGUCAUGUUCUACACGAGCAUCCAGUUCGUGAUGGAUGUCGUUAUAGCGCAGCCCAGAAGAGAGUUGAGCUGUACUCAAGGUAUCGCAUGAAGGUCAAAGCGAUGUUGUUAGAUCUAGCUGCUCAAUGCGACGCUGGCAAGAUCGCUUGUCAGUUGCAGAGAGCGAAUGGACAGCAGGAACGUGGGGGCCUCGCCAGCCUCCGUUCCGUCACAUUUCAGAUCGCGCCGAACAAGCCACUCAAGCUCAUUCCUGCAGACGAGGAUGACCGAUACGAUGGUGACUGGCCUCACAGGCUAGAAAUACCACCGGUAAAGGACUCAAUGGAGAAUGCUAUUUCUGAGAUCAAGGCCGGCUCCUUCCUGUGCUGGAUCCCCUACCGUUGGACAAACCUUGAGUUGCUCGAGAAGAACUUUGGAAUCAAGGACAGGGAGAUGAGCGUACGCUACAUCCGAGAUGUUUUUUCGCAUUCUGAAGAUGAAAGCGACGACGAAAGCGAAAUCGAUGAGGCGGAUGAGGCGGAUGACGAGAAUGACGAGAAUGACGAGAAUGACGAGAAUGACGAGAAUGACGAGAAUGACGAGAAUGACGAGAAUGACGAGAAUGACGAGAAUGACGAGAAUGACGAGAAUGACGAGAAUGACGAGAAUGACGAGGAGGAUGACGACUAUGACGACUAUGACGGGUAUGACGAAUAUGGCGAGGUUGGCGAGGAUGGCGGGAACAGCGAAUACAGCGAGGGCGACGAAAGUGACGAAAAUGACGAAGGUGAGGACGAUGAGGAGGAUGACGAGAAUGACGAAGGCGACGUUCUCAACGGAAACAGCAAAUCCAGCGAGGCCAACGGGACUAGUGAGGAGCCCAGCCCUCAGCUUCUCACUCUCUGGAAGACAUUCAGAGCGAUCCCCAGGGAACAUUUCAUGGAUGUCACUGCAGCUUUUGCGCGGUCUGGCGUCCGAUUCGAUUGCUUUGGCCCUGCCAGCGAGUGGAUCCUGGCUAUUAGAGACGCUGCGAAGGAUGAGGUUGAAGCAAAGGCACUCAGCCACGUUGUGGAGGAGGAGCUUUGAUCCUACGAUUGCUGACAGAAGGUUCAGAAACAAAGAGGAUGGAAAACCCAUGGAGCCGCGCGACUAUGCUAGCCGGCAGCUCGGUUUCAGAAAUUCGCUAAUGACCGUUAUGGCUAAUAAUUAGGUAUGCUCGGAUGAUCGUACCUUAGAUAUAAGGACGCUUGAGACGGCACGUUGACGCCGUUCGGAUAGGAGCUCACAACACUCAUCGAUAGAGAUAGAUGGCGGUUAAAUAGCACACUAAAUCAAUGAUAGAUUCUCAAGACUCCGUGCUGU